UCAGGGAAGAGAGACCCGUAUGCAGCAGGAGGAGGCAGUAGCCGCAGCCGCAGCAGCAGCAGCAGCAGCAGCAACAGGAAGCUGCUGGGGUCUCCUCCUGCACCUUAGUAGGGGGAGGUUUCUUGAAAUCUCUCGCCUGGAAAUCUCGUUAUCUCCCUCUGUCAGUGGUGCAUGUGGGGGGUAAGUGGGAGGGGGGUUGUUAUUUUGAAUACUUUACACAUCCUCCUCCGUCCCCUCCCCCCAUACACUACUCAAAUUAUUGACCUGAAAUCUCCUAAAAUACAUUGUGAAGCGGGAGGUUACCCUGCUGAAUCAUGCCGUUCUCCUUAUCUCCGCUGGUGUCUAAGCGCAGCCAAUUUCUCUCUUUCCAGUUGUGAACCCUGGGAAUUCGGGUGUGAAGAAGGGGCUGACCUGUUGCCCAGGGGAAAAGAGAACUGGAAACAUCGGAAACCCCUGGCUGAGCGAGAGGGGUGGGGGAAGAGCUGUACAGUUGUGUGCCUUGUGGAGAUUUUUUUCCAUAUUAAAAAAAAAAGUCCUGUGCUACCGUCAUCUUCGUUGAGGAAAUCAGCAAGAAUCACCGAAACGUAACUGAAGGAAGAAGAAAAAAAGGGAAAAUAGUCUGCAAAAUCCAUGCACCAAAGGCGAUUAUUUUCUCUAAAAGGACGUUAUUCUGGUGGUCACUGAGGUUGCAACUCCAGUAAACUUUGGGGUGGGGGCAGGGUGGGAGGGGGAUUUGUUUUUGUUUCCCCCCUCUCUCCCACGGAGGCUUCCCCCCUAAUCAUGAUGUUUCGAGAUCAGGUCGGAGUGCUGGCAGGUUGGUUUAAAGGCUGGAAUGAAUGUGAACAGACUGUUGCUUUGCUGUCCCUUUUAAAGCGGGUGAGCAGGACCCAGGCUCGCUUUCUUCAGAUCUGUCUGGAGCAUUCCCUGGCGGACUGCACUGAGCUUCACAUUCUUGAAGGAGAAGCCAAUAACCCCGGAAUCAUUAACCAAUGGCAGCAGGAAUCCAAGGAUAAAGUGAUUUCCCUUUUAUUAACUCACCUGCCUUUGCUGAAGCCAGGAAACAUUGAAGCAAAAGUGGAGUACAUGAAACUGUUGCCUAAAAUCCUGGCUCACUCCAUUGAACACAACCAGCACAUAGAAGAAAGCAGGCAACUCCUGUCUUAUGCUUUGAUCCACCCGGCCACUUCACUCGAAGACCGUAGUGCUUUAGCCAUGUGGUUGAAUCACUUAGAGGACCGCACAUCGGGGAGCUUCAGCAGUCAGAACAGAGGUCGGUCUGAUUCUGUGGAUUAUGGGCAGACACACUACUAUCACCAAAGACAAAACUCUGACGACAAGCUCAAUGGAUGGCAGAACUCUCGGGAUUCUGGGAUAUGCAUCAGUGCCUCCAACUGGCAGGACAAAAACCUGGGCUGUGAGAAUGGCCACCUGCCUCUCUACUCUUCAUCUUCAGUCCCCACCACAAUCAAUACCAUUGGGACUAGCAGCAGCAGCACAAUUCUCUCAGGCCAGGCACAUCACAGCCCUUUGAAACGAUCUGUAUCCCUUACCCCACCCAUGAAUGUGCCAAACCAGCCUCUAGGACAUGGAUGGAUGUCUCAUGAGGACUUACGAGCUAGAGGACCCCAGUGCAUCCCAUCCGAUCAUGCCCCCCUGUCUCCACAAAGCAGUGUAGCCUCUUCAGGAAGUGGUGGGAGUGAACACUUAGAAGAUCAGACUACUGCUCGUAACACAUUCCAAGAAGAAGGUAGUGGUAUGAAAGAUGUUCCCGCCUGGUUAAAAAGCCUCCGCCUGCACAAAUAUGCUGCGCUUUUCUCCCAGAUGACCUAUGAGGAAAUGAUGGCUCUCACGGAAUGCCAGCUAGAGGCACAGAAUGUUACCAAAGGCGCAAGACAUAAGAUUGUCAUCAGCAUCCAGAAGCUUAAGGAGAGACAGAACCUACUAAAGUCUUUAGAAAGGGACAUCUUAGAAGGUGGCAACCUGCGUGUCCCACUGCAAGAAUUGCACCAGAUGAUCCUUACUCCAAUAAAAGCAUACUGCUCCCAGAGCUCUAACACAGAGGAACACAGCCAGGAGUCAGAACCUCAUCAUCAACCUACUCUGAUUGGUUCUGAUAACCAGGCCCUUGAGUGUAAGGACUCUGCCGCAGGAGGUGGAAUCCAGCAGCAUCACAUGAGUGGCUGUGAGGGAGAAUCUGCAGGGGCACCUCUGCCCGAGGGCGAUCUCCCUGGACAGUUCACAAGAGUCAUGGGAAAAGUGUGUACACAGCUCCUGGUCUCUAGACCUGAUGAGGAAAAUAUAAGUUCCUAUUUACAACUCAUAGACAAAUGUCUAAUUCACGAGGCAUUUACAGAGACACAGAAAAAAAGAUUGUUGUCAUGGAAACAGCAGGUGCAGAAGCUCUUUCGGUCUUUCCCUCGGAAAACCCUUCUAGACAUAUCAGGAUAUCGACAGCAAAGAAAUCGAGGUUUUGGACAGUCGAACUCCUUACCAACAGCAGGCUCUGUAGGUGGCGGCAUGGGCAGGCGGAACCCACGCCAGUAUCAGAUCCCUUCAAGGAAUCUCCCUUCAGCCCGACUUGGCCUGUUGGGUACCAGCGGGUUCAUCAGCUCCACCCAACGUAGUGCGGCAACCAACCCCACUAUCCUAAAACAAGGAAGACAGAAUCUUUGGUUUGCCAACCCUGGAGGCAGUAACAGCAUGCCAAGUCGAACUCACAGCUCAGUCCAAAGGACUCGUUCCCUGCCUGUUCACUCAUCCCCGCAGACCAUGUUGAUGUUCCAACAGCAAGAGUUCCAGGUUCCAGUGACAGAACCUGACAUCAACAACAGGCUAGAAUCCUUGUGCCUCAGUAUGACUGAACAUGCCCUUGGGGAUGGGGUUGACCGAACCUCCACUAUCUAGAAACUGAAGGAGUUAGUGACCGCGCUGGCCGUGAAAUCGACUGCUGCGGGUCCAGUGUCAGCCAUCUUCAGACUUGCACAGGAUCCUCUGAGAUACUUUGCAACCUUUUUUUUUCCUGGUCCCUCUCCCAUUUUGAUUUUGUGAGAGCGUAGGUCGUCCUUGUAAACAUAUCAUUAGACCCGGGAUUGGUUAUUUUGUCGUUUAUUACGUCAAGAGUAGAACAGCGAGUAGGAUGGGUUGGUGGGGAGCGUGGAGGAGAGGAGGGAGCACAGGGGAGGAGAGGUGGGUCUGGUGAGGAAUUUCCCAGAUGAAAUAAUGAACAGUUCCAACAUCAAGAAAGAUAUCAAAGGAACAUGUCAUCGGGAAACAGAAGACCCCUGGCCCCAAGGAGCCCCUAUAGAGAAGAGAGCCUGGCUUCAAAAUCAGUCAAGAUGCAUGUGACCAAAGCAAGGUGGCAUCUCACAGCUUCACCUUUUCAUGUCUCUCAUUGAUUGGCUUUUCCUGAGGCUCUGGCCUGAACCAGAGAUAUAGGGCCACUUAGGAAAGGGGGUGAAAAGGGAGACAUUUUCCUCCAACUAAAUUUCACAUAAACUUCAAUUUGUGUAUUGUUUACAUGAUAACAAAUCUAAAGGGUACAUAAUAUGUAAAGAUGUCAGUUAGGGCUUCUCAUAUUGUUGUAAAGGAUUUUUGUUCUUAAUGAUGAUGUGGGAUGUUUUUCUCUCUGUUCAUUUUUAAAAUAGCAGCAGGAUUGCAUUUUUAUAAAUGGCUGCCAAGCUCUGCUUCUAGGAAAGAUGGACACUGGCAUGUAGAACUGAUGGGUUUUUUGGUUUUGAUUUUUUUUUUUUUUACUUUUGAGCGCAGAAAUAUGUAGGUUGAUGAAAAGGUUGGGGAUGUAGUUUGAAGGGGUUGACACAGUGUGGAUAAUGCAGAGGAGAGUGUCAUGUGAUCAGUGUUAUGGCUUCUCUCUCAUUUCACAAGGUGAUUUCUAAAAGAUGCUGCACCCUUACUGUCAUGGAUCUGCUUCUAGCCCAGAAUCUCCUCCCCUUCCACUCACUAAGCCCCAUCUGAUCAAUCCUUUAUCUCCUGGCCUUUACCCCUGACCCUCAUUCCCCGCCCCCCAACUUCUUUUCAGGCUAUUAGCUUAAAGAAAAAAAAUCUCUGACACUCAAAGGUGUUUGCACACACAUUCACCUAAAAAGGAAAAUAAGAAAGGAGAGAAUUUGUACUUCCCCUGUGAACAUGCCACAUAUUCAUAGGCAGUGAGCAUUUCUUAGGAUAAAGGAAUCUAGCUUGAAUGAUGGGGCAUGAGCCCCAUAGUUAGUGAUCCCUUCAAUCAGUCACUGAGGAAAAAGGGCCCUUAGCCAUUGGGGAAUUGUGUAUGUUGACUGCUGGAUGAAGGGUACAAAUGAGAGCAACUUGUUCACCAUGUUCAAAAGAGGCCUUAGGGAAAAAAGCUGCCGGUGCUUCCCAUUUCCACAUGUAACAAGCAGAGUCCCCUCCUUUUGUGAUGCUGUUGAAAGUAGGGGUGGAAGUGGGGAGGUCAAGGAAGGAAGGGACUAAUAUAUAUCAGAGAGAAAUCUUAUGAUUAUAAUGGAUACCUGUAGGAUAGCAGGGUUUAAAUCAGGGAUUUUCUGUGAUGCUGGUUGGUCUUUCCACACACAGAGAAGAAAGAUGUCAUUACAUAGUGAUGGUAUCAUAACGCUGGUACCCUUUCUUAAGGGAAAGAAAGUUAGAAAGUUUGGUGCUGUGAAAAGUGCAUUAAAGGAAAUCAAAACAGGAAUUGAGGGCUGUACUAGAAGGCUGGAUUAUGUCAAUCUUGGUAUGAAUGCAUAGCCAAAAGGGCAGGUUCGGGGAGAUGGCAUUAAAGCCGGUUCAGUAGAUGAGUGAAUUAGAUGCUAUUUUGAUGAUGUUAAAAAUCUGAAUUGACUGAAAGAAAUAUUAGGCUAGGAGAGUCAUUGUAUUAUGUUACAGCUAUUUUAAAAUAUGUUAACCAAGUUAACAAAGUUAGCACAGAAGAAAGAGCCUUCUUUAUCAUAAGUCUAAAAUGCACCAUCUCCAUGGCAAAAAGACUUUAAAAGCUGGUUUAGAUUCUGUGAAAGAGUCAAGAUGCUUCCACAACACUGGAGUCAGGCCUUCCAGGGCACCGUUAUGAACAUUGCUUCAUAUACUCACAUGUCAAAAAAAGGAACGGGCCUAAAAUUUGGUGUCCCCAAUUGAAAGAUCCAACUCCAUGUGCAGAAAGAGGCAGCAUUUUUAGUAAGUGUUCUUUUUUGUUGUUAUUGUUGUGGUUUUUUUUUCUUUUUGUUUUUUGUUUUUUUGAGGCAAUUGGGGUUAAGUGACUUGCUCAGGGUCACACAGCUAGUAAGUGUUAAGUGUCUGAGGCCAGAUCUGAACUCAGGUACUCCUGACUCCAGGGCCAGUGCUCCAUCCACUGCGCCACCUAGCUGCCCCUGUUGUUAUUGUUGUUAACCAAGAAAAUGCCACGAUGCCAUUUCUGGGGCAUUUGCCGUAUGUGCGUAUAUGCAUGUCUGUUUAACAAACUGUAUUUCUUGUGUUUUGUUGUUUUUAGGAAGGAUGAUCACAUGUACAACAGCAUUAAUUGUUUAAAGGUAUAAGGGUGAGAAUGAGAAAGGCAAGAAGGGUUUGGGAAGGUUUAUUCAGAGUGCUAAGGAAGUACAGCAAGGAGGGUGAGAAACCACAGUAUUACAUGAUUGGUAGGAAAAAAAUGAGAAAGUGUUGAAUCCGAGUUGCACCCUAAGCAAUUCUAGCUACAUAGAACUUGCAGCUUGGAAAAGAAAUUGUGAACACGAUCGCAUUAGCAUGAAGUCUUUAAAAGGAAGAUUACAUGAAAGUAUUUGCUAAUUGGAAUUUCUAUUUAUUCCUUUACUAAAUAUAGAAGCAAAGGUUAUCUGAUUAUUAGAGAUGUACUUUUGGAUAUGUUAGUACCUUGCUGUGGCUGGUAACCAUGAUAAUGUCUGUUAUUAAUAACCACAUCAGUCAUUUUUUUAAAGCUUAUUUUUCAUUGACUGUGUAUAGGUUAAUUAUCUACUUAGUUGUGUUUUGCUGUUUAGUGUUUUAAUUAAAAAAAAAACAGGGUUUCUGUUAAAUUUCAGAAGACUACCCCUGCUCUAUGUGGGGCCUGUAUUGACUGCAGGUGUAGAGCGCAAUUAAAAAAAAAAAUCCUAAAGCAAAAGAAAUCUAUUUAUUUAAAAAAAAAAAACAGUUGCAUGCAUAACGCUGUGAAGUCAGAUAUUUAGUAAUAAAGCGGCAGUGCCUUUUUUUGUAUUUACCCAUUUACUCCAAAUGCAACUGUUUUAUAAUAAGCAAAUGUAAGAUGAUUUUUUAAAAAAUCAGAAUAAUGACUAUUUCACUACAUAUAUUUUUUUGUUCUUGUUCUGAUUUAAGCGAUGUAUUCUUAGCAUCUCUGCACACUGCUCCAGGUAUAGUAGUGUGCUGCUACAAUAUUCUUAUCCUUAUGUAUGAUGUUUUAUUGGUGCUUUUUAUUCAUAGUGGUUUCUUACCAUUACCAAUAGGAAGAGACACACACCCUCUGUAUACAACGUGAAACAUUGCUGCUGAUUUGUUCUCACAUGCUUUGGGUUCCACUUCUUAAAUGAUGGCUGGCAAGCCAAAUAGAGCCUAUGAGGUCUGUGGAGUGAUGGUUUCUGGGCCAAGAAACCAUCAAAUCCUUGUGUCUGAUUGGUACCGAGAAAUAGGGCUACAGCUGACAACCACCCCCCUUCCUGGUUCCCACCUCCUCCCCCUCCCCCCUCCUCCAUCACCCUUUGAGGAAACAUUUUCGUUUGAGGUGUCAUUUUCUACCUUUCACUAAGUAGAAGCAUUCCCAGCAGCCCUUUUUCCCUUCCCCCCAUCCCCACACCACCCCUAUCCCCCAGCUUGCUACAGAUACAGGAUUUGUGUCUCCUCUCCAUUGUCCACUAGAAACUUGAGAGCAUCCCCUCCAGCCCAGACAAGUACAGAGAUUCAAAACCAGGACUAUGAUAUGCUUGCCACUGGGCUGGGCUGGGCUGGGCUGGACUAUAUACACAGAGAAUGGAGAACUGAAAAGAGGAGAGAAAGAAGUACAGAGAGUUAGCAGAACUCAUGUUGGUCUCUCCUUCAGAAAUCUCUGCAGUCAGCCCUAGUUUGGGGGUACAGAAAGAUGAUACAACUUUAGGCUUUCUGAAUGUGCCUGAUGACAAGUAGAUCCUGCAGAAGUAUAAUUUGCACACACAGCUAUAAUAACACUAAUGUUGAUUUUAUACAAAUCAUCAGAGUUUGCAAAGUGAGUUUUAUUUUUUGUAAUUCCUUUAUCUUUACUUAAAGGUGAAUGUGUAUUCCUCUGGGAGGAAUAGGAAGAAAACAGGAAUGUUAAUAAUGUUAAACAGAAUACUUCCUCCCUUAUUAAUAUAUAACCCUUAUGUAUUUAUGCAUAAUGUAAGCUGACUUUUAAAAAAGCUUUGCCUUUUUUGUUGUUGUUGCAUGCCCCAUGCGAGCAAGCGAUAUUGUACAUGCAUGCAUUUAGUCCUCUUUUUCUGUACAAAAUUAGUGCAUAAAAGGAUAUUUUUGCCUAGUUUAUGUUGCCAAGCAAUGCAUAUUUUUAAUUUUUGGUCAUAUAUGGAAAUAGCAUGUUACAUGUAAAAGCUUUACUGAUAUACAGAAAUACUAAUGUUUGCAGAUGCCCUUCUUUGCAAGUGUACAGUUUUCAAAUGUUGUUACCAGUGAAAACACCCUUGUGGUUUAAACUUGCUACAAUGUAUUUAUUACUCAUUUCCUCCCAUGUAACUAAGAAAUCAUGGCUAUAUUUCAUAUAUUGAAAGUGAAGGGAGAUGAUUAAUACAAGGUUUUGUAACACUGGGGUGUGUUGGCCUUUUUCUUCCCUUUUUGACAACAUGAUUAAUUAGAAUCAUAUGAUCACAGAUUUCAAGCUGGAAGAGGUGUUCAAUCCUUUCAUCAUUCAAGGUGAGGAAACUUGAGAUGGAAAGAAGUUAAGUGACUUGCCCAAAAUCACAUAGCUAAUAAGUGUUGGAGAUGAGAUUUGAACCCAGGUCUUCCUAAUUUUCAAGUUCAGUGUCAUACACUGUCCCAACUAUACAAUGCUGCCUCUUAGAAAGAAUAGCAGCAGCAACAAACAGUAGUAAAGCACUUAGCACAGUGCCUGACACAUAGCAAGUGCUCUAUAAAUGUCAGCUAUAAGUAUUAUUGAUAAUAACUAAUUUUAUAGCACUUUAAGGUUUGCAAAGCAUAUUAUAAACCUUAAUUCAUUUGGACCUCACAAGAGCUCUAGGAGGUAGGUGCUAUUAUUCUCAUUUUAGAGAUGAAGACACAGAUAGAGGUUAAGUGACUAUGCAGCUCACAAGUUUUGCCAAUAAAUGAAUCCCUCAUUCAGUGGGAAGGUUUCUAAAAUAUGAUCUUUGAAGAGUCAUUUAUUUACCUCCACCUUGUUCCUCACUUUUCAUGGUUCUGAAAAGUGACUUUUACUGACCAUGAAAUAAAUGAAAUGAAAAUCCUCGCUUCCAAGUUUGAACCUCAUUCUAACUUUAUUAGAAGACAAAACUGCAGAUCUUUCAUAAGCCACCAGUAACAGCACUGGCUUGGGAAGGCUCAGUCCUAUAUGCCUAUAGUUAUGCCUAUAGUUGAGUUUGUAAAGACACUAAAAGAGAAAUUAAGUACUAUUCUUUAGAAAACAAUAGCUAACACCUGUGGAACCAGCCAUAUGUCUAAUGCUGGUAAAGGAGGCUGGGUUUGAGCCCAAAAAGUGAAAAUAGAAAAGUAAA